UUAUAUCUUCACCCAGGCUGUGAACAACAGACCCAGCCUGAAGGCCAUUCUGAACCUUUGGUUUCAAUCUGCUCCAGAGAAGAAGAAUAAGGGGCUGGUCAUAUUGGUGUUUUGUGCCCUGAAACUGGCUUUAGCCACCGUAGCUGUCAUGGCGUUCCUGGUAGGAGCUGCGUUUGCUGUUUUACUUAUAUGUGUGUUAGUUAUUGUCCGAUUAUAUCAUGUUGUGAACACUGGCUCGAGCUAUAAACCUGGAACAAAAGGUCCGGUCGCGGUUCUCGUCGUCGCAGGAUCAGGUGGUCACACCACAGAGAUCCUGCGGCUGAUCGAGUGCCUGUCUGAAGCCUACACACCUCGACACUAUGUUAUCGCUGACACUGACAGGAUGAGUGAGGAGAAAAUCUGCACCUUUGAAAGCUCCAAACAUUCAGACUCUGAGUCACAGUUCACCAUCUGUAGGAUACCACGGAGCCGGGAGGUGCAUCAGUCCUGGAGUUCCUCUGUUAUCAGCACCCUGGACGCUCUGCGGUAUUCUCUUCCUCUGGUCUUCAGACUCAGACCUGACAUGGUGCUGUGUAACGGCCCAGGGACCUGCGUUCCCCUCUGUGUGGCAGGACUCCUGCUUGGAAUUCUGGGAAUGAAGAAAGUCUUGAUAGUUUAUGUUGAAAGCAUUUGCCGGGUAGAAACACUGUCCCUCACAGGGAAGAUCCUGUACCCAAUGUCAGACUAUUUCUUCGUGCAGUGGUCCUCUCUGAGAGACAAAUACCCCAAAUCCAUUUUCCUCGGAAGAAUAGUGUGAAAACAUCUGUUACGCGUAAACACAAAUGUGGGAUGAAAUAUGUUGUAAUGUUUGUUGUAACGAUCAUGAAUGAAUACUCUUUUUUUUUUUUUACGUUUGAGUUCAGUUAAAACAUUGUUUAAUAAUUUAAUAGUUCUGUGAGGUCUAACACUGCAGUAUACUUGAGGUUACAUAGAAAAAUAUUUGAUUAUCUUAUUAAAAAGAAAACCAAAAAUACUAUAUUAAAAAGGAAGAAAUGCCAUAGUUUAAAUCUGCACUGACGGGUGUCUUUCUGCUGCUGGUUGAAUAACAUAAAAGGAAAAGUUGAUGCGUUUUUCAGAGUAACAGACACUUGUAUUUAAACCAUAGAGCUUUCUACCUAGGCAGUAUAACCGCUUGCUAUUCUCUCUUGCUAUGCGUGUGAAAACGCAGCCCUUCAUCCAUUUUGUUAAGGAAGGAGUUUUUACAUGCAAUAUUUUUAUGCAUUAACUAAAGAUGUAGAUAUUCUACGGCAUAAGAUGUUUACACAUAAAUACCUUUCAAAGCCAACAGGUUGUUCAAUUCUUGUCGAGGUGUGUUAGAAAGGGAGUCUGAGGCACAGCAAUUUUGGGCAAUUGCUGUCCCCAGCCAAAGUUCUUGGAGCACACAAACCAAAACAUUUGGGUAAGCUAUUGCUCACAGGGUUUCUACCGCUUGUCUGUUGGACCCCUGCAGUCAAAAGCUCCACCCAGUUCAGUAACGGACAGUAUACCUGGGUUGGUUGGGGCCCACUAUCUCACCGCUGUGGCGGCAUAGGUCAUAAAGAAGUAGGUGGACUGUGGCGACUUACCCUUUGCCGGUCAGGAUCAGUGUGAUUUUAUGUCACGGUAGGGGUGAGUUAGAGUUAAAGUUAUGAUAUUGUAACCCUUGUUCCAUAAGCACAUGUGGAGCCCUGAGGGGGUAUUGUUUCUACACCACUAGCUAAGAAGGGUUUAGGAUAGUUUAGCAGUGGGGUGUACUGUCUUACAUACUGUUGGGUCUGCGUGUAUUCGGGUAGUCCUGAUUUGUUUCAUGGAAACAAUAAACAAUGUAUGAGAGCGACACUACAGUUUGUAGUGUAGUUGUGUGAUAAUGUACUAAAUAUGUUGAUCAAACACAAUGAAAUUAUAACUUCUUUAUUUCUAAACACAUUAUUCGGCCUAUAGAAACACCAUGCUAAAUGGACUUGCAUUUGUACAGCGCCUUUCUAAACUUCCGACCACUCAGAGCGUUUUGCAAGCAGCCUGUCUAGAGGAGUUAACAGCUCUACUGAACCGACGUCUGUCGGUUUGAGGGGGGGGCAAUACAAAAUGGAGGACUUUCCUUUUCUUAUUAAUGCUUAUUUUGUUCUGCACAACUUUUACGAAGGCCGCACAGAAACUGUUACGGAACAAAAGCACAAAGGCUGAUCUCCAGUGCAACAGAGAUUUCAGCUACCGGCAGAGCUACGAGUGAGAGAACAGACAACAACCAGGAGGAAACGAGUGAGAGACGUGUGUUGAUCAAAUGUAUGGACCCAUAAUCCAGGAUGAUUUGUAAGCGUUCAUUUCAAAGUACAUUUGGUGUAUGUGUGUGUGUGUGUGUGAGAGAGAGAGAGACAC